UAAUUUAUUUUAUGCAUUUCCAUUUUCCAGCGGAUUUAUACAGAACUGUGAUAAUCUGCAAUAAUCAGUACUCGUAAUUCUAGACUUAAAUGUUAAAUCACUCAAUAGUCAAUACUAAUUUUUCAACAUGUUCAAAGCAUUUUUAAGGGACGGUCAGAGCUGUAGUAUUGAGUAUUGUAAGUACUUGUAAUUGCAAACAGCUAUCGUCAUCGCUAUUCAAUUCAGCAUCGUUGUUACUGUACUUUGUAAGAUCUGUUUGUUAUUUUUUGCGUUAGCCAGUGUUCUGCGGCUGUCUUGAUCAGAGUUGCAGUUGCUUACAGUUUAGGAGGAAUAGACUGGCAGUGGAUAAUGUGGAUUAAUAUUUAAGAAGGUUUAGUGAAGUUCAGUCGUGUUUAAGUUAAACGUCGUUGUGGAGUAACUGGUACCAGUAUACGUAGUACGUAACUACAGUACGAGUACGGAGUAGCUGAUGUCAGCCAGUCAGCCGAUGAUGUUGGAACUGGAGAACCAGCGUAAUUACGUGGCAGGCAGCGGGAAUGGUGUGCAGUUUGCAGUUUGCCUGGAUCAGGGCGGCCAGAAGACGAUGGAGGACUGCCACAGUGCCGUGACGGCCCUGGAUGAGCCCUUCAGCUGCUGGUCCUUCUUCGCCGUGUACGAUGGGCACGAGGGGAAUGCGGUCAGUCAGUGGUCCGCUGUGCAGCUGCCGCGCUUUUUCCUGGCCAGUCACGAGAUGUCUCAGCUGUACAAGGAGCACCUGCCUGCCUCGGAGAGAGAUGGCUUGAUUAGGCGAGGACUGCUCAAAGGCUUUCUGCAAAUGGACGAGGAGCUGCGAGGACUGCCGGAAAUGCAGGCUGAUGGCGGCAGUGGUCCGCGUGGCGGAUCUACGGCCAGCUGCGCGCUGAUAACACCGGAAUGGAUCUACUUGGUCAACUGCGGCGACAGCCGCGGUGUGUUGGUGUCCCGGCGCACCGUGGUCUUGGCCAGUCGCGACCACAAGCCCAGUCUGCCGGCUGAACGGCAGCGGAUUGAGCGGGCCGGUUUCUGCGUGCAGCGUCAGCGGCUGGACGGUCGUCUGGCCAUGUCACGGAGUCUGGGCGAUUUCCGCUACAAAGCCGUCGCCACGCUGGACGCGCUGCAACAGGCCGUCAGUCCCGAGCCGGACAUUUUCCGCUGGGAGCGGACCGUGCAGGAUGAGUUCAUCCUGCUGGCCAGCGACGGAAUCUGGGACGUGAUGGAGACGGAGGCGCUGUGCGAGGAUGUGGGCCAGUGGUUGGAGCACACCAAUGAUCUGCAGAGUGUCUGCGCCAGGGCCAUCGAUGAGGCCGUUAUGCGAGAUUCGCGGGACAACGCAACGGUGGCCAUGAUUGCCUUCCCGGCGUCUGUUCGAAUGUCACCUGAGAAACUGCAGAUGGAGACGGCCCUGGACAAAAUCAUAGAAUUGGUCGUAACCGAUGUCGUGCACUGGUUAGAAAACAAGUCUGAUGAAGAUGAUGUGCAUGUGCCGGAUUUACAAGAGCUGCUGUGCUGUACGCGGACGAUAAUGGACGAGAACGGAGUGUCGGUCCCUAACAACAGCGGUAUUGGUGGCAAGCGCCACCUGAUCGAGCGCACAUGGAACCGAAUGCGCUCCGAGCGCCUUAGCGUGCGUUGCGCCAUGCCCAGCUGGUGUCUGAGCCUAAUGUCGCGUAUCAAGCCCAGGCUGGCGGGCCGGCCACCCUUGCCGCGCACCAUCGAUGCCGACGCACUGGCCGCUUACGUGCAGGCACGCGACGCUGACGCAGACCGGCAGCGCGGCGGUUAGCGUCUGGCAAAGGGCGAUUUCUACCUUGUGUGUCCUGCCGCUGCGCAUCCGUAUCCUGAAUUUGUUCCGAAAGAAAGAAGCGAAGCGCUACGGCCUACGAUCAGUCAGCCGCGGAUGGAUGAUCGUUGGUCAUGAGCAGUUUGCCAUAUAUUUCCUUCACACGGCAACGUCUACUUGAUGGAGAAACCACCAGUAAAGUUGGCCAGUUUUUACAGCGUCAGGACUGUCGUUAUAAUUGGAAUAACAUAUAUACUUUAUAGUUUAUACAUUAAACAGUGCGAAGAUGCCGUAACUCUUUGCACAGUGCUUUUUUGUUUUUCGGUCAAGCACGCCAUAACAACGACAAACUGCUUAAAAACAGUGAAAAAAUAAAGUGGAUUUCUACGUA